AAUUUUUAAUAACGUAUCAAUAUUAUAUUUAUAUUUGAUACAUAAAAAUGUGCACAUCAUAAUCAGUAAUUUUACCCAAAAUAGAUUGAUAGUGACCAAAUGAUGAGACUUUAGAGUAAAAAAAUAGUUUUACUCAAAAUUAAGUAAGUUGUACCAUACAAAGUAAUUAAUAAAUAUUCCUUUGAAUCCCAUUCAUAGGAUUUCGAUUUUGACCCCUCUGCUCUGUCACCUUUGAACUCUUCCUCCCCUCCAAACUACUUAAAAAACUUACCUUUCCCCCUUCCCUCUGUCUUAGUUUGAUUCCCUCACCAUUCUUCUUAUCCAGAGAAUCCAUGAGUCCAAUCCACCCUCCCUUCCUCUUCCUCUUCUUCUUCCUCUUCCUCCACUGCUCAGCUCAGUCGUCACUAUCACCUACAGACCGUCAAGCUCUGCUGAACAUCCGCCAGAACCUCUUCGACCUUCCCGGCUCCACCUUCUUCUCUUCCUGGGACUUCUCCUCAGAUCCCUGCCUCAGCUUCUCCGGCAUUACCUGUUCGCCUGACGACGACGACAACAAUUUCCUCCGCGUUUCCGUCCUCACUCUCGGCACUGGCUUAACGGACUCUCCUGGCCUCGGUGGCAUUCUCCCCACUUCCAUCUCCAACCUCACUGCCCUCACAGAGCUCGUUAUCUUCCCCGGCCGCAUCACCGGACAAAUUCCUACAAACCUCGGCGGCUCUCUUCCCCUUCUCCGCCUCCUCUCCAUCUCUUCCAACCUCCUCCUCGGCCCCAUCCCACCUUCCCUCUCAAACCUUCCUUUUCUCCACACCCUCGACCUUAGCCAAAACCAGCUCCAAGACUCUCUCCCUCCUUCUCUCCUCUCCUCCAAUCCCAGCCUCAAAGUCCUCAUCCUCGCCUAUAAUGGCGGCCUCACCGGCCCCAUCCCAUCUCAACUCACCUCCGCCCCCAACCUCCUCCAUCUCGAUCUCCGCGGCAAUUCCUUCACUGGUUUUCUCCCACCUCUUCCUUCCACCCUCCGCUUCCUCUCCGUCUCCAUUAACUCCCUCUCCGGCCCACUCCCCCCCACCUUUCCUGCCCUCGAGUUCCUCGACCUCUCUAACAAUGUUUUCUCCGGCGAAAUACCGCCGACGAUCUUCUCCCUUCCGGGGCUCUCCUCCAUUCUCCUCAACGACAACAAUUUCUCUGGCAAUUUAUCCCUUCCAUUCUCCUCGGACACUACGGUAAAGUGGGCGGUGGUGGAUGUCAGCCAUAACAUGCUUACGGGGGAGCCUCCGGCGGGUCUGGCUGCCGCCGAUAGCCUAUACCUGAACAACAAUCAGUUUACAGGGGCGGUACCGGAGGAGUACAUAGAGAGUAUUUACAAUGGAAGCAUGACUACUUUCUACGCUCAGAGUAAUUUUCUCAGUGUGUUCUCGCUACCGCCGUCCACAGUCGGAAUGGCUGUUCCCGCGUCUGCUUCACUCUGUCUCUCUCACAAUUGCAUGCUGCCUCCACCGGCGGCCACCACCGGCUGCCCAGCCAGCGCGCAAGCCCACCUCUCCCGUCCAUCUUACCAGUGCGCCGCGGCUUCUGGUGGCGAUUAAAAGGCCAAAUUCGCCCAUGAUGCAUAUUUUACAAUUCAAUUCUGUAAACUUCAUAUGAUAGUUCUUUUAAGCAGAAGACCAGAAAUCAAUACUGUCAAAACAAAAUUAUCUCAUAAAAUAUUGCAGAGUACAUAUCCAGAGUCGAAUUAGUUCUUCCAAAGUUGGAGAGAAGGCCCUUAAGAGUUUCGGGAGAGAGAAAAAAGAAAAUUUGGCUCUGUUUUUUACCAGCUUAGAAUUGCUUCAAUUCAUUUUAUUUGAAAUACGGUAAGUCCAACGGUCCGAUGAGACUGUGCGUGAUGUGAAGGCAACCAAUAAAGCUCGUGUCCUUUGUACCUUUAGAUAAGAAUAUUUAUAGCCUCUGUUCUUCACUUAGCAUGAGUUUAAUAUAAAUUCUAGCUGUUAAUUUAAAUUUA